AUGCCUACUAUCCCUAUAUCGCAGUUUUCCAUUCAAGAGGGCUCGUCUUUGUGGAUUCCGCAAUCUAAAUCCACAUGGAGACCAGCUGCUAUCUUGAAGGUUAAAUCGGAUGGAGAUGUUCUUUUACGGUGGCUAGAUUCAAACAAACAGGAAACCGUUGACUUGAACACAUACUGCACUGAAGAUUCGCCACUGUUUGACUGCGGCUACGGCCGCACCCCUCAAAUAGAUUUGUCUGGUCUUGAUUUUAUCAACGAACCAGAAGGUGAAUGGCAAUCGACUAUGACACAAGCACACGCUUUAGGGCUACUUCUGAUUGCGAUAAAUCCCUAUGAUGACCUCCCAAUUUAUGGCAUGGAGUUUAUGAGCGCCUACAACCAAAACAACGUCGAUAACGAGACCAGACGAGAUCCUCACAUUUUUGCAAUUGCGGACGAGGCAUUCAGUCGAAUGAAGUUAUUACAGCAAAACCAGUCUAUCAUAAUAUCGGGCGAAUCCGGUGCUGGAAAGACAGUUUCUGCAAGGCAUGUGCUAAAGUAUCUAACGGCAAUGACAACGCGACAUUCCAGGGGUUUGAUUGUGGAGAAUGAUACGGCCUCCAUGGCAGUACGAGUUCUGGCCAGCUCACCCUUGUUAGAGAGUUUGGGCAAUGCUAGGACUAUCCACAACGACAACAGUAGCCGAUUCGGCAAGUUUUUGGAGGUCGGUUUCAGUCAAGUUGGCCACUGUCUUGUGCGGGCGUGCAUUAAGACCUAUCUCUUGGAGAAAUCUCGGGUUGUGCUACAGGACAAAAAUGAACGGAAUUACCAUAUUUUUUACCAACUCCUUGCUGCUGCUAGUGAUCCCAAAUUGAAGAAAACCUAUUCUUUUCUCAAUGAAAUGGCUCUCGAUCGUUCUGCUACCUACCACUAUGCCGCCAAGUGGCGGGAGACGGAGACGGACGAUUUGGAGGACUUCGUAAUCACUCUACAGUCAAUGAAAGAUCUGCAUUUUAGCGAUGACGAGGUGAAGACAGUUUUAAAGAUCUUGGCAGCCAUUCUACACCUGGGCAAUGUCACGUACGAGGAGAUUUCAAGGGGCGAUUCUCAGCUUACUGGUGAUGGUGAGCGAUCGCUCCAAGAAGCCUUUCGGCUGCUCCGCUGUGACGUCCAUUCAGACUCUAGAGGACCAGCCUACAGCUGCCUCUGCUUUCGCAUCAUUCACACUGUUGAGGGUGAAAUGCACAAGCCUUUGACCGUCCUGGAGGCCAUUUCAGCAAGGGAUGCUCUUGCCAAACUUAUCUAUCAAGUGCUCUUCGAGUGGAUUGUAACGCGAUGCAACGAAUCUCUGGCUGCUUGCUCAGAGAAGCCAACGGAGGACAACUUUAUUGGGAUUCUCGAUAUUUAUGGUUUUGAGACAAAUGAAGUCAAUAGCUUUGAACAGUUCUGCAUAAAUUAUGCCAACGAAAAAUUGCAGCAACGCUUCAUUAAGAAUGUCUUCCAAUUGGAGCAAGAAGAGUACAUUCAUGAAGGUCUGGAAUGGAGUUUUGUGGAAUACUACAGCAACGAACCCUGUAUUCAGUUGUUAGAAGGACCGAUGGGUGUAAUUGCACUACUGAAUGAUGAAUGCAAGUUGCCAAAACCACAGGACCGAAACUGGUUGGGUCGCCUCUGCAAUGAGCAUUUAGGCCGAAGUCGUGACUUCAGUCAGUCCAAGUUCUGGGCUGCGGAGCGCUUCACGAUUCAACACUUUUCUGAAAAAGUUGAAUACGCUGUGGAUGGAUUUGUGGAAAAGAACUUGGAUCGAAUCAUUCCAGAACAUGCAGACCUCUUGACAAACACCAAGGCAAAUGACUUCUCAUGCUCUUCCAUUUCUUCCUUUUCCACUUUCCAGAUUUUGUCCAGAAAGGGUGAUGCAACAACUGAGAGCUUGUGGUGUACUACAAACCAUAAAGAUCAGUGCUGCCGGUUAUCCAUCAAGGUAAGGCAUUCCCUAUUUAUUCUGCUAUGUGCUUUUGAAAGUUUACAUGGUGAUUUUCGAAAAUCCUUGGCGGCUUUCAGGUGGACGUACGAGGACUUUUUGAGUCGAUACUGGCGGCUUUGUCCCGACAAUCACCGUUUUGAAAAGGAUCCUGUCAAGAAGUCAGAAAUCAUUCUACACGCUAUUGUGAAGGCGACAGCGGAUCCGGAUAGGUACCGUCUGGGGAGAACCAAAAUAUUUUUCGGUAACGGAGUUUUGGCACACCUUGAACGCGCGCAUAGUGCAAGAAUUACGUUAGCCACGAUCGUUAUUCAAAAAUACGUAAGGGGAUGGCUUACUCGACGACGCUACCAACCGAUCCUUCGACAGAUAACAGCAAUUCAGGCCUUUGCACGUCGCUGGCUGGCUCGGGAGCAUCUUCAGGCGUUACGACAAAGCCAGCAACGAAAGUUAGAGGCAAGUGAAGCCACCAAAUUUGCACUCGAAACGGGGCCGUCGAAAACCUACAACCGUGCACUCAGCCUUCUUCGCAGACACAAAACUUUACGUCCUAGUAAGACCGAAGCGGAUGAAGGCAAGACGAGGACAAUUGAGAUGUUGGAGCGGGAAAUAACCAGUCUUCGAAGCCAACUGAAAGCCCGGGACAGUGAAAUUGCUGUGAAGGAAUCACAGAUUUCAAAGCUGAUGAAGAAGGAGGAAGAGGGUGUGGAAGAUGGCAAAAAGAGGAAACACAAUCGGCUCAACAACCACAAAGGCAGUCGAAGUCAACCUGACAGAGAUUUUGGUGAUUACGAAGAGGUGAACUAUCAUUCAAGACACAAAUUAUGUCGAAAUUUACACAAAAUCACUCCAGUCGGAGUUGAACUGAAGGCACUCACCGAAGACUUCGUCUCCACGUCGGGACAGAAAAUUGAGAUUGACCAACAAGCCAAAGUCAACAUAAAUCUGCUGUUGGAUCUGCAGGCGCGAUGUUCUUCUCUCGAUGCAGAGAAAGAGGAACUCUACCGAAAAUUAGAAAUGUAUCAAGAGUCCUUCGUAAACGCUCAAGCUCGACAACUUGAAGCUCAAGGCAAGAUAAGACUACAAAAGGAGAUCGACAUACUCAAUGCAGAGAAAUCGCAGCUUGAAUCAACACUAAACGAACGAAAUGAAGAGCUUCGGCUUUUCAAGGAAUGCUACUCUUCUCCUUCCGGAACGCCGCUGCCUUCUACCCUCAAGCAGGAUAUGUCCACACAAGAUGACAUUGAGAACCGCGUCUCCCGAUUGGCCAAAGAUAACCUUGUGCUGCAAGAGCAACUGUCAACUGCAAACGCACUCAAUAGACGGUUGACCUCAGCAACAAAGUAUUUCGCCGAAUUGGUUCAUCGGCGUGCACCUGAUUGCCUUCAAAUGACGACCUCGCCAUAUCUCCUUGACAUUCGACAAUUGAUUGCUGUCGCACAAAGCAGAGUUAAUGAAAAUGGAGUUCAUGAUUUUACUGCAAAAUCGAAGCUGCUCCGGUGUAUGGAGGGCAAAGAAGAGAUAUUUAUCGAGCAUCUAGUGAAAGGUAAGUUAGCAGCCAUUGUGAUUGGCCUAACUCUAUGCCUGAUGCUAGACUUAGACGUGCAAAAAGCAAAAUCUUGGGCCCCAUUGGCUGUGGCAGAACUGGUUUUUCUUCUACUGCGUGGCGCCGAUGCCGUGCACAACGAGGCUCAAAUUUCUACCCUACUUACCGCCACAAUUCGGGCUGUGCAGUGUGUGAUCAAUAGACAAUCCUCUUCAAAAGAAACUAUCAUUUUCUGGAUGAUAAAUUCAUUUGGUCUGCGUAACUGCAUUUACAAAUUCAGUGACAAUGGAGGAGGAAAUGUGAGCGACGAGGAGAGGGUAUAUGAACUGCAGAAUUAUGACAUUAGUCCUUUCAUACCCCUCCUCAACGAUGUCAUCACUCUGGCCUUCCAGCUCCUAAUGGCGCAGGUCGCUGAAGUCGUGUUUCCUCAGGCGUUGGUGACUGGCGCGCUGUUAGAGUACGAACCUAUCCCCAAUCUGACCUGUCAAGCAUUGACUGUGUCAGUUUCAGGCGGUCUGCGGCCUCAGAACACCUGGUUGCGACGAAAACCUCAUUUCAAACGCUUCAUUGAUAACCUCGACAGCAUUUUCGACUUCUUAACAGGCCGUCCGAAUUUUUGUUGCCACCACAGGCACAAUUUAGCAACCUUGGAGACUUGGCUCUCCGAUCGGGAUUUGGUACCGGAGGCGAGCCAGUCAGAUGUGUAUCGACAGGGUCGACAUUUGCAGGAUCUGUUGUUACCACUUAUUCAAGUCUGCCAUAUCCUGCAGUCCAAGAAGGGAGGAUCGGACAAAGUCAAAGUCUCAUCCCUCUGUCAACUCUGCCCCAAUCUCACUACCACCCAGAUUUUACGUCUGCUGUCCAGAUGCACUCUGGUGAACGGCCUAGAGGAAGUAGUCCAACCCGAAUUUCUGGCAGCCAUGCGGAGACGAUUGCGUGAACAACGGCCUCAAGAGACUUAUAAAACUAUCUGUUGUGGUUUGGAGGUUUCUCAGACGACGCUUCUACUGGAUUCUUAUUAUUGGGGUACUUUUAAUGAGGUCCUUUCAUACGCACCUUUGCCAAAUUCACUAACUGACUUUCAGAUACCUCCGGAUUUGGAGCGCCUCUCACAAUUCCUUGUUACUGUGGCUCUGUAG